GGCCAGCACGGCGUGAUGGUGGAGUGCCACCUCCUCGCCUCCCUGAUUAAGAUCAGAUCUCCCCGCGUCCACGCCCACCUGACCGACGAGCUCGAGAUCUCCCCGGCUGACCUGAUCUCCCCUUGGAUCUCGAGGUGCUUCGUGGGAUCUCUCGGAGAUCUCGAGGCGACGGCGCGGGUAUGGGACUGCCUCGUGUUCGAGGGCCCAAAAGUGCUCCACAGGGUCGGCCUCGCGCUGCUGGCGCUUUCAGAGUCGACGGUGUUCAGCUGCGCGCACCCCCAAGCGCUGCCGCGGCUGCUGGAGGCGCGCUGCGCGCAGGCGCUCUGCGGGCCGGGGCGCGGCGGCGCGCUCGUCGGCGCGGCGUACAAGCGGAGCGUCGUGGGCGGGCUGCCGGCGUCGUUGGUCGCCGGGCUGCGGGCAGCGGCCGCGGAGGAAGUCGCGGGGAAGCUGGACGAGCGGCGCCGGCGGCUGGCCGCCUUGCUGGCAUGA